CCCCCCGGGCCACAUCAAAAAGGUAAUUGAAACCAACCUUAAGCUUUUCUUAUCUCCGCCUUCAAGGUAGCCCCGAUUAUUGCUGACUUAAGCAUCGGAGUGUCUACCCCGAGUUCCACCUCGGGGCUUUGCAGGUCAUUCCGAAGUGCAAGCGCGGACUGAAGAAGGACUUCGGAGCUAAAAUUGAAACAUAACUAAAAAAAGGAUCCAAAAUAAGAAUGGUGUUCGGGACAUGAAUCAUGCUCCACCUCCAGAUUUGGAGCAAUAGAGCUUGCCAAACACAUGAAGCAGAGACAAAGCCGAUGAAGCAGAGACUCAUGACAAGGACAACGGUGGGCGAGAUCUUCAAGCCAGGGGCCUCGUCAACCGUUGUUCCAGCCUAUAGUGAGCUAGAUCUCGACGCAUGUUACUACCGGAGCCGGAGCUGACAGAGCCAGAUCCUGACACGGCCAAGUGUACAGUAAACAUGCGACGGCACAUACCAACCGUUGCCGCUACAGAGCCGUGCGGGGGCCAUGAUGCCAGGCUUCAAGCUCUUCUUCACAACAGUAUUCGUUAAUGCAGAGGAGAAAUGGCGAGUGAGGAGAGAAGCGGAGGUGGAUGGAGAAAUGUAGAGUUUGUCUAAAGCCCCGAUCUGGGUUUGAGGCAAACCCAGAUCGGGGCUUGAGACAAACCCAGAUUUGUGUUUGUUUUGAUGAAGAAGCAGCAACAGCAGCAGCUAAAACUGAUGAGUGGAAGAAAGCAUGGAGGCUCAC